AUGCAGUUCUCGAGUCAGUACCUCAAAUUUGUCAAUCGGUUCUACCACGACCUCGCAGCCGCGGUAUCCGACGCCGAUUGCGCCGCGGUCCUGCAGCGCUUUUGUCAGAGGCUUCUGGACAGAGAUGAAAAUACCCUAGUUUGGGCAUCUGCCAUACUUGCGGUCGCCAAAUCCCCGAAGUGUGCUCACCUCGUACCAAACGCGGUUCCGCAGCUUCACGAGAUCGAGAAGAUUGCCGUCAGAGCAGCAGAAAACGAGAUCCCAAGUGUAGCUCGGAGACGGCGCUCCGUGGCCACUCUUACUGCCUUCUGGUCGUCUGAACGGGUUCAGUUCUACCACAUGGAUAUGUACUCCAUUCGGUUCUUGGAGAAGCUGGUCAAGGCAGCGUCGCUGUAUGGUUGUUGGCAAAGCUUUGUGAAAGCAACCAAUCGCUAUAUGAUCCUCCGGCAUGAGUGUAGUAUUAACAAUUCCCGGCUACUGAGAAUUGGCCUUCACUACACACAAUCGACGGUAACCCUGCCGGAGUCGCCUCUUCUCUUGAGCGAUAUCGAGCUCGUACUCGGGGGCUUGCCAAGAGAGGAGGAAGAGCAAAUAGAAGGAAGGAUCCAGUCGUGGCUACGUCCUUGUUGGUGUUUCCUUCGCAGCCUGGGGAUGAAAAACGAACAGAUGAGAUUUUAUCUAGUAAAGCAAGACGUACAUGGACUUCUGGUACCGGAUAACAGCCGAAGCAUAGGGUUCUGUCCUAUUUGUGUAGAAAAUGAUCAAACGGCCAGCGAUUAUCUUCUCGUCUCAGAGGCAGCACCUGCGAGAGUUUCAACGAUAUCUCGAGCUGUGGAAGAUGAAGGCGAUCAGAGCUCUGCUGAAGCCACUCCGCAGGCGCCCACCUACUCUGAACGCUGUGGAGAUGUCCGUCCCUCGAUACAGGACAACCCUAAUCUAGAGGAGGGUUUGAGGGGAUUUGACGAAUGUUAUCCAUGGGCGGAUGAAUCUCUAGUGCGUUUUGAUACUCUAUCCCCCCAUCAUCAAGAUCAGUUCCAGCGGGAGUCGGUGGCACGUGAAGACAGUUUGGCUCGUUCCCUUUCGGCACGCGAUAGCUUUGGCCCUUCAACUUCAACUUCAACAUCUGUACUCCUGUCUUCCAUAGGCAGUGGUUACUGUCGCGUCUGUUCCGGGACCUGCCACGUUUGUGUGUGGAGCUCGGAUACCAUGGGCCAAGUUGAAGCUUUCCACGAAGUCAGUGGCCUACGUGGAGAUCUCUCUGGAACAUGUGUGAAAUAUUGGAUGAAUCCGAUUACCAUUGCUGCAAUAGUUGCGACGACUGAUGAGCGUGACGUGAGCUCCUCGGUUAGAGCUGCAGAUGCGGUAAAGGUAUUAUUCGAAACAGUAAUGGCUUCUCCAGAAAGAGACUCGGAUCUAUCCCAGGUCAUUGUGUUCGAUCAAAACUCUCCCCCUGCACCUAGUUCCAGCGUAUACCUAUACCGAACUGCCUUGCAAUCGAUUUACGGGGACUUAUUGCUGCACGUUCGCCAGGACCAGUGUCAAGUGUCCUGGAACCUUGUUGAAACGAUAAUCGAGCAUCUUAACACGGAGAUUUUGUCUGCCACAGGUUGCGCAGACGUCUUUUAUAUCGAGAGUAUAUCACGAAUCCUACCAUGCUUCCUUACAAAAUGGCCUAAAUUUCAGCUGCUAGAUACACUAUUCCAGCGGAGGAAAUCCCGUCUGGCGGCUCAGAAAGAGACACUGAGUUAUCUCGCCCUCUCAGACGCCCAGAAUCAUAUGAUCAUUGAUGCAAUCAGGCCCAAAGGAUCUUUCCAGGGAGCGCGAGUGGAAGCGGUGGGUCACAAAUGGCUGCGUAGUGUUUUUGGAACAUGUAUCUGCUGGAUCGUUCCACACUCAGCGAUGACGGAGGCUGAUUGGCUGGAGUUUGAAGCGAGCCGAACAGGUUGGAAUCCAAAGGGCAAAGGGAGGGCGCUUGCGCUACGGCCAGGCAAUAUGGUUUUGAUUCCGAGUAUGACAGUUUAUGCUGUGCUUGCACUAGAACCUUGCGUAACAACAGAAGGAAUAUUUUGGGAUCAUGGGAAUCUCCAAAUCAUUCUGCAGGGUCUGUUUUGGAACGCUCGGCAUGGAAAUGGGACUUUGAACUACCGGCUAGAGUCGCAAGUCUCACACCUGAUUGAAGAACUGAGAAUCGCCUUUGAGCUUGAGCCAGAUAAUUGGCCGAAUGUGGGUAUUCUGAAGAGCAUGAUUCACAGCAUAUAA